AUGAAGAGGAACGCCAUUCCCGCUGGAGCCGCCGAGAGCCCUCGCGGACGGGCACCGGACGCCGGAGCGGCCGCGCCAUGAGGCCCCUCCCCCGCCUGCUGCUGCUGCUGCUGCUGCUGCUGUUCCCCGCCGCCCUGCUGCUCCGCGGCGGCCCUGGAGGCUCAUUGGCAGCGGCUGAAGAUCUUACAGAAGAUGAAGAAACAGUGGAAGAUUCUAUAAUUGAAGAUGAAGACGAUGAAGCAGAGGUGGAAGAAGAUGAACCCACAGAUUUGGCUGAAGAUAAAGAGGAAGAAGAUUUAUCUGGUGAACCGGAAGCUUCACCAAGUGCAGAUACAACCAUCCUGUUUGUGAAAGGAGAAGAUUUUCCAGCAAAUAACAUUGUGAAGUUCCUGGUAGGCUUUACAAACAAGGGUACAGAAGAUUUUAUCGUUGAAUCUCUAGACGCUUCAUUUCGUUAUCCUCAGGACUACCAGUUUUAUAUCCAGAAUUUCACAGCUCUUCCUCUGAACACUGUAGUGCCGCCCCAGAGACAGGCGACUUUCGAGUACUCCUUCAUUCCUGCAGAGCCCAUGGGUGGGCGGCCCUUUGGUCUGGUCAUCAACCUGAACUACAAAGAUUUGAAUGGCAAUGUUUUUCAAGAUGCUGUCUUCAAUCAAACAGUUACAAUUAUUGAGAGAGAAGAUGGGUUAGAUGGAGAAACAAUCUUCAUGUACAUGUUCCUUGCUGGUCUUGGGCUCUUGGUUGUUGUCGGCCUCCAUCAGCUCCUGGAGUCUAGGAAGCGCAAGAGGCCCAUACAGAAGGUAGAGAUGGGUACAUCAAGUCAGAAUGAUGUUGAUAUGAGCUGGAUUCCUCAGGAAACUUUGAAUCAGAUCAAUAAAGCUUCACCAAGAAGGUUGCCCAGGAAACGGGCACAGAAGCGAUCGGUGGGAUCCGAUGAGUAAAUGUUUUUGUGCAACUCGGUCUUCCCUUAACCUGCCCUGAUGUUGUUCGGCCUGACGGGAGUUAGUGCGGAGACGCCGUGGCACCCUAGGAGGCAGCUACUGCUUAAGUGCGGACUGCGCAGGCAGGGGCUGGCAAGAGUGUCGCUGAGGAUGCACUGUGUUUAUUUUCUAAAGUAACAAAUUUGGUUUUUUUUAAACCA